CUGGACUGAACCCUAAUUCGCCAUAAUCUAAGUGGUCAUAUUGGGCCAACGCUGCCUCAGAGUCGCAUCCUCGUAGGCAUGGUAAAUCGCAAAAUAAAACGACGACCAAGUCGACCGCUGCUGCUCUUAGUCGUUUCUCGUUCCCAAGGCAUUUCCAGCUUCCUUCGAACGCGUCGCCUCACAGUUUCCUCUAGCUCGCACCCUGUUUCCACAGCCAGCCAUACUUAACAGCUUUGCUCUGUCGUGCUCAGAAGCACUGUGUGUUCCCGCUGUAACCGUAGUCCAUGGUAUCAUUUCGCCAUGUUUCCUUCCCUUUCUUCCUAUGCCUUCUCUUCCUCAUAUUCCUUUCCCCUCCCACUGCCGGCGAUCCCAUCUACACACACUGUGGCAGCACCGGCAACUACGCCGCCAACAGCACUUAUGAGACCAACCUCAACCUCCUCCUCCGUUCCCUCGCAUCCAACACUUCUCUCUCCGGUGGCUUCCUCAACGCCACCGUCGGCCAGAUCCCUGACCAAAUCUACGGCCUCGCCAUGUGCCGCGGCGACACCAAUGCCUCGGUCUGCCGCUCCUGCCUCAGCGGCGACGCGAUCCAAGACGCCCCCCAGCUCUGCGCGUACAACAAAGGCGCCAUCGUAGGCUACGAUGACUGCCUCCUUCGCUACUCCAACCAGCGCUUCUUCUCGACCGUCGCCACCUCGGUGCGGGAGAUCAAGUGGAACGUCAAAAACGUGACCGACGCCAGCCGGUUCGCCAAGAUUGUGGACGAGCUUAUGAGCGCGAUCACCGAUUGGGCCGUCUCCAACUCGACGAGGAGGUUCGCCACCGGGCAGAUGGUGAAUUCCACCAAGGCUCCUUUUCCUCAGAUAUAUGGUCUGGUGCAGUGCACACAGGACCUAUCGCCGAGCCAGUGCCAGCAGUGCCUCCAAAAUAUCCUUGAGCCAAGACCGACACAGCUAGAGGGGAAGGAGGGAGGGAGGGUGGUCGCAGCAAGCUGCAAUUUUAGGUACGAGAUAUACAAGUUCUUCGACGGGGCACCGUCGCUAAGACUUGAGGAGCCGCCGGAGAACGCACCGGCGCCGGUAGUGCCUCCACCUACCAAAACACCUGAGGAAGAAGGAAAGAAGAAAAAGGCCACCGGUAUGGUCCUUGCUAUUGCUAUACCUCUCGUAACUGCAUUCGUGCUGAUCUCCAUAAUUUGCAUUUGCAUCACGAGGAGGAGGAAGCCAUUUGUAAAGUUACCAUUAGAUGGGAGUAGCCCGAAGGAAAUCGCAAGUGUUGAGUCCCUAUUACUUGAUAUAUCUACACUACGAUUUGCAACAGCUAACUUUUCUGAAGAGAACAAACUUGGAGAAGGUGGCUUUGGUGCAGUUUACAAGGGACUACUACCUGAUGGACGAGAAAUAGCAGUGAAGAGGUUAUCAGCUACUUCAUCACAAGGAUUCAGAGAGCUGAGAAAUGAGCUAGUUUUAGUUGCAAAACUCCAGCACAGGAAUCUUGUAAGGCUUCUGGGUGUUUGCUUGGAAGAACAAGAGAAGUUGCUUGUUUAUGAAUAUGUGCCUAACAGAAGCCUGGACACCAUUCUUUUUGAUCGUGAGAAGCGUGAACAACUAAACUGGGGAAAAAGGAACAAGAUCAUUGGCGGGAUUUCUCGAGGCCUACAGUACCUGCACGAAGAAUCUCAAUUAAAAAUUAUUCAUCGGGAUUUAAAAGCCAGCAAUAUCUUAUUAGAUGCAGAUUUGAACCCAAAGAUUUCAGAUUUUGGUUUGGCUAGGCUUUUUGGUGGAGACCAAACUCAGUGCACCACAAACCAAGUUGUUGGAACAUUUGGGUAUAUGGCACCGGAGUAUGUCAUGCAUGGGCAGUUUUCUAUCAAGUCAGAUGUAUACAGCUUUGGUGUUCUGGUUUUAGAGAUCGUGACAGGCAGAAAGAACAGUGAUUUUUCUAAUUCUGAAUAUUCUGAAGAUAUAGUGAGCUAUGUGAGUUUUCAAUUGCAUAAAUACAUCUGUUGUUCUGUCCUAGAUGACUGAAUAAAUUCAUUUCAUGCAGGUCUGGAAGCAGUGGGUCAAAGGAACAAUUUUGGAGAUAUUAGAUCCUUUUUUAGGCAACCAUUGCCCAAGAAGCGAAGUGUUAAGAUGUGUUCAGAUUGGCCUAUUGUGUGUCCAGGAAAAUCCAUCUGAUAGACCCAACAUGUUUCAAGUUGUUGUGAUGCUUAGCAGUAUCUCUGUGUCUCUCCCGGCUCCUUCUAGACCAGCAUUUUGCACUGGAAGGAGUGGCAUGGAUUCAGAUGCUUAUUCAAAUGAAGUUGAUUUAUCUGGAGGUACGCAUCACAAAUCUUCAAGCAAGUUAGUACCAGUGUCACCAAAUGAGGUGUCAAUUACAGAACUUGAACCUAGAUAAAUGUAUGAAAGUAAGUAGAAGAAGGUUGAUGAAUAUCUUGAACAAUUAUGGUCUUUCUUCAAAAUUAUAAAGAUUUUUCAUCAUGGAUGUAACACC